UCCCUAUACUAAAUGCGCCAGUGUCGCACCAGAAGCUGUUCGAUACAAACGACUUAAAUACGGUCAAAAAGAUGAAACUUGUAUUCUUAAUUUGUGCUUUCGCCAGUCACGCCUGGACAGGAUCCUUGAGAGUAACAGAAAACCGUUUCACUUGGAGGUGUGGCAUAGACAUUUGUACAAAAGGGGUUCAUUAUUGUGAUGAUAUCUCCGAGCCCGCAGUCUGUGAGAGGUGUAACGAAGAUGUUUGUAACAGACAGGUCCCACCAAGCCAGUGUUUACAGACAUGUCAUCCAAUAGAAAUAGUAUCACCAACUAGAUCUAGAUCUACUCCCGCUGAACAGCCAACACCAGGUUCAUGGGCGAUUCCAGUUUCGGUCACUCUCGGUGUACUAAUCCUUGUGCUGUCAAUUUCACUCACUAUCGUCACUGUGCUUUGUUGUCGUCAACGAAAAAACCCACCCACAGCUGCGGUGCAACCUUCAACGCCACCCGAGAACGAUACAUCUCGGCGUGUUUAUAAUGAUACCUCCUUGUAGAACUUCAUGAACUGCGAUCUUGCAUGACGCAUUUUGUUUACAAAUUCAAAAGCACGCAAAAUAUAAAGCUUAUGUCCGUGUAGUUAAUUAGUAUAUGAGUACACAUAUGUGUAUUCAUCAAUUAUGGACUUUUGUCGAGGUCACUGCGUUGUUAUAUGAACCUGAUAGAGUGAUAUCAACCGAGGACGAAGCCCGAGAUCGAUAUUACUCAGGUUCAUGUAAAGACGUAUCGAUCAAGACAAAAGUCCUUAUUUUUUUAUGUUACAUAUCAUGUCUCCAAUAAUGAUAAUCAAGGGGUGGUUUCUGACGAAAUAUCCGGAUUUAAAGUUAGAAACAUGGUUAUUCAGGAAGAUUCAGUGGAAAACGAAAGACAUGCAUGAAAUAUAGUUAAUCCGGUUAAAUCGCGAACACUUUUGGCACCAUGCUUUAAGUUGUCAGUUUUCUAUAGUUUCUCUGUUUUUAUUCGUCUUAGUACCUAAGGAGUUAUUUCGUCGUUUACCAAAGACAAAACCCAUAAAAUAAUUCCCAAUUUCUAUUUUUAUUUUUUCAUUUCCAUUUCAAAAUUAGUAGACGUUGGAGACAGGCUUGGACGAAAGCACAAUUUAGUUGUUUUUAUUGCUUUGCCGAAGCAACAGAUAACUGAGUCAUUUUUUCGCAAUAUCGCAGUAGAAUACGAGAAAGGCUAAGAUCUGAAUUGGAAGCCAUAACAUCUUCUGUUUGUAACUCUCUUUUGAUUUAUUUUAAGAUAAAACCAUGAUGAAACGAAACCGAAACAAAACUGAACGAGAUGAAAUACAUCAUCUGCUCAUUUCGCGUCGGUUCGUUUUGUUCUGUUUCGUAAACACAUUUGUCUUUCUGAAUUUUAAUUUCUUUACUCUUUGUUCUUUGUUUUAAUUGUUUUUUUUAUACAACUUAUUAUAUUACUCUCUAAUUUUUCCAAUAUUUGUGAUAAGAUGUAAAUAUUGCCGGGAUGACACUGCGUUCAUCAUGUUGAUAUGCAUUUGCCCAUGCAUCUAGUCAUUAUUUU